AGUUCAGUGCGCGAUUGGAAAGCGAGUGCACGUGUGUCGGAGCUUCGCAUUGAUGGCCGAAAUAUUUUGAAUAUCGAAUAGUUUACACAAAAUUAUAGCACAAUGCCUUCGUUAAUCCAAUUACGUAUCAUGGGUCACACUGCUGCCUUGGCGAUGCACCUGGUAAACUCAGCUGUCAUGUUCAGACAGAUGAUGGGGGACAUCGUGAAGAUGGACAAGGAAGUCCGCUCGAUGGUAUCUCUCCAAGGACAAUACCUCACUGUGUGGAAUAUUGGGUUCCAAAUGUUUUAUUCUUCGCUAGCGCUAGGAUGCGACCUACUGACUGUAAUGAAAAAAGAUAAUAUGCUUCCAAAAUUCGUUAUCAAAUUCAGAAGUAAAUUCUUCGAAACCAUUGUUUUUCCUGGCACAGUUCUAAUUUUCCUGCUGUUCUGGCCCAUCUACUUAUACGACAGGAGUUUAAUAUUCCCUGAAUUCAUAGACAGGAUAUUCUCGCAAAAGUCAAAUCUAGUGAUGCAUCUGGGAAUACUACCGGUCGUGCUGUGGGAACUAGUCCUCCUGCCAAGAACCACGCCGAAGUCUCACAAGCUGAAUAUAAAAAUAUUAACCGCAUAUUACACCGCUUAUAACAUUGUAUUGUUGUACACGUACGCACAACGUGGUCUAUGGCCCUACCCUCUUUUUGGCUUAAUUUACGGUACAAUUUACUUCCCUCUAUUUUUGAUAAACUUAUUCUUCCUAACGUUAUUGGCUUAUUAUUCACAAUGGCCGGUAAAUUCAUUUUUAUGGGAGUCCAAGAAGUUAAAUGUAAAAGAACAGUAAUACUUUAUGUUUAAAGUAUGUUUUACUGUGUAAAAAUCUGGUGAUAUUGAGAGUAAAUUUUAUAGUUGAGCCUUUUCAAUGAUAAAUCCAAAAAAUGAUUGGUUUUUAACUCCCAUGAUGCAUGACAUAAAACAAGUAAAAAUAAUCCUGAACCAUGGUAGUUCAUGCAGAAUAAUGACGUCUGUAGCUAAAAAGAUUAAUUCAAAAGAUAAUCAACUAUACUUGGUAGGGAAUAAGUCGAGUGUUAAUUAUUAUAAUUUCAAGGCCUUGACAAAAGACGGCGAGUAUGCCAAGCGUAUUCAUUGUAAGCUCUAAUAUUUUUAACGUAAGAAAGUGUCAGUAUUUAACACUAUAGACCGAGAGACUGGACCUUUAGAAAUUGACCUUUAGAAGAGACAGAGCGUCUCAUGCCAUAUAUGUCUCAUUUCUCGAAGUCUGUGGUUACGAAAGCAUUCGCAGAACUCAUCAAGAGCAGGCCUAUGACGUGAACAAUCAGAAUUGAAGAAAAAGACAAAUGGCAGCACGAGCACUUCAUCUCUUUCACACUUACGAUUUUCACAGUUGGGUAGGAAGGUUUCUCUUUGUCUACGAUUAAAUCACUAAUUGACAAUUGGUUGGGGUCAAAGUUCGCGGGAACACAGCAAACGAAAAAGUGUCAUGUAAAUAUAGUAUUAAGUGUUGAUUCCUUAUUCGAAUGUACAACAAAUAUCUAUUUAUUUAUAGGUUUAUUUUGUUGCAAUAAAUUGUGAUAUUAACGUGU